AUGAGGGCGAAUCGGCGCUUAGCUCUCAAUAAACUGCCUGGAGAGCUCUAUGGGGCGUUUGAAGGCAAUAUUGACAGAACCAAGCAACAGGUUCCAAGCUCUUCUGAUUUAGCAUUGGAUAUAUUGAUGUGGGUCCAUCUGGCAGAGAAACCAUUGCAUGUCAACGAAUUACUCGAGUCUCUUGCUCUGAAAAUAGGGGACGGCUAUCUUAAUACCGAUCACUUCCCGUCUCGACAGUCCCGGCUAGAUUGCUGUCUUGGUCUUGUUAUCGUGGAGGAGGAGACGUCUACCGUUUGCCUUGUUCACCUUUCACUCCAGGCGUACCUGCAUUCACGAGGCGAAUAUUGCUUUAAGCAUGGGCACGAGCAUACUGUCAAAGCAUAUUUAACAUACCUUCGCCUUGACCUUAUUACGGCCUCUCUAGUUACAAAUAAGAAUGCGCUCCUAGGGGAUUUCCCUUUCCUUGACUAUACAGCCUGCCAGUGGGGAUACCAUAUGGGUGAUCACGUGAGGGGAAAAAUCUAUCGAAAGAGUUAG